GCCCUCGAUUUGCGUUUGCCAAUCACACGAUCGCGUCGGUCUUGGCCAGAAACGGGUCACUGACGUACCCGCUUGGUAUUGGCUUUGGCAUUUUCGAGCGGACGCUUGGCCCCUUCGGUACCAUCUCGAUGCGUCGUGUGGCGUAUCCGGACGUGCUCGUCAACUGGAGUCGGUCGCUCACAGCCCGUUUCCGCGCCGAUAUGGGGACGGCGAGUCCAGCGGCCAUAGAUCUGUUUAAUCGCUUGAACGACGCGGUCCAGCUGACGCAAGCGCCGCGGGCGUGGGGCGUCGCCAACUACCUCGGCGGUGACUUUACGUGUCCGACGCAGAACGCAGUGCCGUUUGUGGGCAUUUACUUCUCCAACCAAGGCGCGUGUGCCACCAACAUGGAAGACACGAUCCUUGUGACAGCGAUGGCUAGCAGCGUCGCGCUCUUGGCCGCUGGCCCGCAAGUCGACUUGCUCGAUACGUGCGCGCACGCGACGAUGCAAGUCUCCAAGCCUUGUCUGCGAGCGUUCACCGCGACACGCACCUUUCUCGACGAACGGUGA